AUGUCGCCAGUCAAGCUUGUCACCACCUUCUACAUCUCCUACCCCUUGGCCGCUGUUCUCAAGCGCAUACCGGACAAGGAGCCAUGGAAGAAGAAUGUCUUCAUCAUUGCAGUCUCCAUGUUUUAUCUCGUCGGCCUCUUCGAUAUGUGGGAUGGCCUCCGGACCUUCAUCAUCAGCGCCGGUGGUGCAUAUCUCAUCGCCUCCAGGGUCAAAUCUCCCUAUAUGCCGUGGAUUGGCUUUGUUUUCCUCAUGGGACACAUGUCUCUCAACCACAUCAUCCGACAGUCCGUCAAUGAUGCCUCUCGCGUGGACAUCACAGGGGCCCAGAUGGUGCUUGUCAUGAAACUCACAGCUUUUUGCUGGAAUGUUCAAGACGGCCGCCUUCCGGAUUCUGAGCUUUCCGACUUCCAGAAAGAGCACGCCAUCAGGACCAUGCCCAACCUGCUCGACUAUGCUGGCUAUGUCUUCUUCUUCCCAGCCAUGAUGGCCGGUCCCGCAUUUGAUUAUUGCGACUACAGUGAUUAUAUCACAACUACCAUGUUCACCCUGCCGCCAGGAACCGACCCCGCCAAUGCUCCUCCAACGCGUAAGAAGCGAAAAAUACCACGUAGUGGCAUUCCAGCUGCCAUUAAGGGUGCGUGCGGUACACUCUGGAUACUUGCUUUCCUGAAGCUCUCCGCCUAUUACCCUCCCUCUUUUUACUUGGGCGACGACUACAUGAAAUACAGCUUCCUCCGCAGAGUGUGGCAGCUUUACAUGCUCGGAUUAACCACUCGAAUGAAGUAUUACGGUGUCUGGAGUCUCUCCGAAGGUGCUUGCGUCCUUUGCGGCAUUGGGUACAAUGGCCUUGACCCAGCCACCAAUCGUGCCAAAUGGGAUCGACUCACCAAUAUCAAGCCUUGGGAAAUUGAGACGGCGCAGAACGCUCGUGCCUAUCUCGGCUUCUGGAACAUCAAUACUAACCAUUGGCUGAGGAACUACAUGUAUCUUCGAGUGACACCCAAGGGUAAGAAGCCUGGUUUCCGUGCCACUCUGGCCACCUUUGUCACCAGCGCGUUCUGGCACGGUUUCUACCCAGGCUAUUACUUGACUUUUGUGCUCGCCGCCCUGGUGCAAACUGUCGCAAAGAAUGGUCGACGGUUGAUCCGUCCUCUGUUUCUCACACCUGAUGGCAAGAAUCCUCUUCCUAGCAAGAAGGCAUACGAUAUCAUCACUACCGUCAUCACCCAAGUAAUUUUCGCCUAUACUGUCGCGCCUUUCAUCUUGCUUGGGUUUUCCGAUACCUUCAAGGUAUGGUCACGCGUCUACUUCUACACUCUCCUCAGCGUCGCCGCGUCUUUCGCUGUUUUCUCCCGCAACUUGCCAUUACGAAAACAGCUAGUGCAAAUGCAAGCUGCGCGUGCGCCGCCAGCAUCUACCGGAGCCGUCGACGAUUCCGCAAUCGAGAAGGCGGCCAGGGAGGAGAUCAAGCGAGAAAAGCUUGCACGGACUACCUCGCAGGACAGUGUGGCUAGCCGUAAGAUGCCCCUUCAUGGCAUUGCAGACGACCCAGAGGCCGAAAUCGAUGAGAUUGUGCGCGAGGUGAAAGCAGAAAUUGAGGAGCGCAGGAGAAGGGGCAGCAUAGGCUUUGAUGUCAAGAAAGCUGUUCAGGAGAAAUUGAAGCAGUUCCAAAAGAAGUAA